AGUGCUUAGAACUUCCGUUCUUAGAAUUUUGGACUCUGAGGGGCCGGCCGUGCAUCCUGUUAGAGGCAUUCUGUGGGGGUGCUCCUGCAGGUGGGGUGGCCAGUCCGGUGACGCCAGGCCCGCGGAGGUCACAGAGGUCACUGGUGGGCGGGGCAUGUGGCUGAGGAGGCUCCCGUUUCUGCUGACGGCAAGAGGCGGGGGGAGACCCGCCAGAGGACGCAGUGACGGGCAAGGAGCCAGGAUCCCCAGCCUCUCCAGGGCCGAAGAGACCAAGCGCACGGUGCUCUCGGGAAAGCGUGGUCAGAAGAGGACACUGGUGGGGGCCUCCCGGAGUCGCCAGGGAGCAUGGAUGCAGCCACGCCAGGCAGCCGGGGUCUCCGGCCCGGUGCCCAGGGGGUCAGACACAUCGCUGCGGUGAGGGAGGCUCAGCCAAGGAGGCACGGAGGCAGAGAGGGCAUGGGACGCGGGGCGGGGGGGCACCCUGGGUCCCGGGGACUUGCAGGUUCCCUUAUUUCUGGGCAUCUCCAGCAGCACCUGGACACACUGGGGGGAGAGUGGGCAGGAAAUCCUGCAGCCGCUGGGCCAGCCACACUCUGCAUCUCAGGAGGCGGGCAGGGGGCUGCCUUCCUCCCAGGACCGGCCAACGGCCAGAAAGCCAUCUGGGGACGUGCAGCCAAAGUGAGGAGGGUCACCCGGGAGACAGACACCGUCACUCAGCACUCGCCGAGGAGCCAAGGGAGCUCCCGUGUGACCCCAGCCCGCUGCCAGGGUGGGGUCCAGAGCAGGUGGCGGUGUCCCAGAGAGCCACCGCUGCUGUGCAGUGGGACAGGGCCCGUGUCCACGUUCCCUCCAGGAAGGGGGGACGUGAGCAGACGGGAACAGCAGAGGAAUUGUCCUGGGUCUGCUAGCCCACGGCUGCCAGGAAGUUGUCGCUGGGGGCUUUUCUUUGGGAAAAUGCCACACCCAGCCUCAGAGACUCAGGGACAGUGUCUGUUCGGGACUCCUGCAAAUCCACAGAGGUGGCCUCUGGACCUUUGUCCUGGCCUCCCCCGUUGGCAUGGGGCCAGCAGCCCAGGGGCCCACGGACUGACUCUGCGGCUACCGCCAGCCUCAGGGAGCAGCUGAGAGACCUGGAACUUUCCAUGGCCCCCCUCCCCAUCACUGAUCGUGGGGUCCUCCUCACCCCCCUGACAGUAUGGCUAUAACUGCAGUGUGUCCUGUGGCUGCUGUGACAGAUGACCACACACUGAGUAGGAAUUCAUUCUCGCACUGUCUGGGGCUAGAAGUCUGACACGGAAGUGUGGACAGGUCUGUGCUCCCCCAGGCCUGGGGGAGGCGGGGCUUCACUCAGCUUCCCCGUGGCUCCAGCACUCUUGGAAGACCCUCGCUGUACACAGCCUUCCUCUCAUGUCUGCGUCUUUCACCGUCUUCUGGAAAGGCCCACACACUGAUACCUCGCCCCAUCUCCCCAUCCCCCUCCCCGUCCUUGUCCCCAUGCUCACCCAUCAUCAAGGGUGCUGGAGUGGACUUUUGAUCCUGCCUGUCCACCCACAGCCGAGCUCCAGUGAUACAAUUCAUCUUGGAGACCCCAAGUGCCACGGAUUCCCUCUCCCUACUCCUUCCCUGACAUUACAGAACAUCUGCAGCUGCAGGAGACAGGCCAGCGCCCUAAGCAACCUUCCCGCCCUCCGCCUUCCAGUGUGGGCAGGACCAUGAAAUCGAGGAAAGCACAGGUAAGUGCCGCCACCAAAGUGCAGGGCUGUGUGUCCACGGGGCACGGGGGCUGCCGGCCGGUGUCCCUGCCCGCGGGCGCUGAGGUCGAACCCUGUGGCGAUGUCGUGGACGCUGCUGGGCAGUCGGUGCCGCUCCCCGCCCUGGGGCCUCAUCAGAUGUGGGCUGGGGACCCCGCGGGUGGAGCGAGCCCCCAGGGCCCCUGAAGGGGACACAGCUUCCUUCGGAGUCACCCUCACACCUCGGCCAGAACUGACAUCUUCUGCCAAGAGAUGCCGAGGCCCGAAGCCCAGAAUCCGCAAAACAGAAGUGGCCAGAGGGUGGUGUGGAUGCUGGCCAGGCGGCUGCUCAAGGUGACGGGGGCGGGCAGACGCAGGGGAGACACCAGGAUGGCCCACGUCACCCUGCAGCCAGGCGGUCCCACGGGGUCCUGAUGGUGACAUGGAGCCUGGGUGCGGUGGCCGCGGGCGGGCCCAGGAGGCCUCGGUGCCACCGCACAGCCAUGGAGGAUGGGGCGGAGCCUGAGCCCGGUUCCCCCACUGACUGCAAGGCCAGGUCCCGGCUCCGGCCCGGGGACGGCCGCCCACGCUGCUGUGGGGUCCGCGGGUCCCCGUGUCAUUGUGCAGGUGCCAAGGUCAUCAGGGGAUUCCCACCCUUUUUUCAGGUGUUUCGAGUACAAAACCACGGAGAGAGGGGUUCCCAGGCAGCCCUGUGGCCCUCCUGGCCCAGCCACCGUCAAGCAUCCCAGGAGAGUCUGCAUUGGGCCUUGCUUGCUUUGCGGGAGUCCCAGGAACGUGUGAUUCCUCAUGAGGGGCCGGCGUGUGGAGAGGACCCGAGUGGGGUCGGGCCUGGGGGUGCCCGUGGGGCGCAAGCCACGUGUGUCGCUCGCCGAGACCCAGAGCGAAGCCGCCCGCCCCACCUAGAUGCGUCUCCCCCCAGGCACCUGCCCUCCCGUGUCCUCUGCACAGAGACUCGGCCCUCGGGGACUGGGGCGCAGCCGCUGUGGGACUGGGGUGGGGGUGCCUCGGGGACCCUGGGGCUUCAUGGGCAAGUCCAAAGGCCUUGUGCCCGAGGAGGGGUGUCUGAAGGCGGCCGCUCAGGUCUGAGACCCCAGCGGAGGCACCCUCUGGGACGCGUCCAGGGCAGCAGAGCUGAGGCCAAAGACGGUCUGCUUGGCCACCCAGGGGCUCCUGCUGCCCACCGGUUCCGGCGCCGCCUCCAGCCUGGGCCCCGACCCUCCCAGAGGCCCGGGUCUCCGGGGUGGACCCACUGUCCAGAGGGGGAGGCCGGGCACACAGGGGACCCAGCACCCCGUGCUGAGCAGUGGGUGUGCAGCCACGAAGAGACACACGAUUCCAAUUUCCUGGAGCCUACGCUAAUGAAGCAAAGAAGAAAAAUCACGUGAUCGCUGUAUAGAAAAACAUCUGAGAACAUUCAGUGUUCAUCCAUGAAAAAAUUCUCAGCAGACUAAGAAUAGAAAGGCAUUUCCUUGACUGAACAAGCAGUUUGCUCAAAAAACCUUCAGCAAAUAUAAUCCCCAACAGUAAAACAGAAGACAUUCCCCGUAAGACAGGAAUGGUAAGCAUGCCUUCCAAAACGUCUUCUCAGUGCGGUAGGGGAGUAACCGCUGUCCUAUCGUUCCUGAGAGAGACGGAGACAGACAGGGACUGAGAGACAGACAGAGACAGAGACAGAGAGGCAGAGACAGAGAUAGAUAGAGACAGACAGAGACAGAGGCAGAAACAGA